UUAUUCUUCAUUCAAAUCAAAAUUUUCUAAAAUGACUGUAACAGUGCCAAAGUACAACGACGAUACCAAUACAGACGUUACACAGGAGUCCAUUCAAGUUCAACCACAAAUAUUAGAAACUUACAACCAAAAUACAUCAAAGCCGGCGGGCUUUAAACGAACGCCGCAACAAGUGAAUUAG